GUGAGAACACAGCUGCAAUUUUACAUAGGAUCUCUUUUAACAGGGAUAGUCUUGUCACUCUCUUUAUCAUGGAUCUGCCAGUCAACGUCCCAGUCGACAACCCUAAUGCCGACACAGAAUGGAACGACAUUCUGCGCAAACACGGCAUAAUCCCAGAAAAGCCAAAAGAUCCGGAGCCAAUAAUCCAGGAAGCCCUGCUCGAAGCAGCCCGCAAAGCCCACGAAAAUCGGCUGGAGAACAAAGACUUCGAUGAGCUCGCCGAUCUCGAAGACGAAGAAGACGAGGCUUUUCUAGAACAGUACCGCCAGCGUCGCCUCGCUGAGCUCUCAACUCUCCAGAAGAAAAGCGUCUACGGCCAGGUCUAUCCGCUUCAGAAACCCGACUAUGCCCGGGACGUUACGGACGAAAGUUCCAAAGCCUUCGUGCUGGUCCACCUUACUUCUUCUCUGGGGACGAACGUCGAAUCUCGAGUCCUGACCGAACUCUGGCGCGAGGCGGCAGUCAAAUACGGCGAUAUCAAAUUCUGCCAGAUCAGGGCGGAUCUGUGCAUUGAAGGCUACCCCGAACGCAAUACGCCGACCAUUCUGAUCUACAAGGACGGGGACAUCAAGAAGCAACUCGUGACCCUCGCUCAGCUGAAUGGCCCACGAACAAACCUGAGGAAUAUCGAGCAGCUUCUCGUGGAAGUUGGCGCGGUCAAGGAAAAUGACAUGAGGCUGAAGCGGAGAGACAGUGAUGAGGAUAUUAGCAACAGCAAGAAAAUUGCUGACGAUGAUAAUGACGACGAUGAUUGGGACUAAUAGCUAUGCUUUCUUAUAGCCUUCUUGAGCUGUCUGAAUACAGCCCGGUCAUCUGGCCAUUGGCUACCUUAGUCAUGCAAAACUCAUCCGACACUGAAGCUGGACCCCAUCUUCAACGGAAACCAAGCCCGACUCUCGGAUGCGACCGCCUAUGCAGGAAGCAAACAGCUGCUACUUACAGCCCUAGGUUCGACUGCAGGCAUGUCAACCCCUAAGGCGACAAGUUAGCCUGUCCAUGGACCAGGUAACCGUCUGGCCAAAUUGUUCAGACGACUCGGGGACAACUUGUCCCACUGCCUUGAGCCUCGACUGUUGAACCAUCCUUUGUGCAGGGCUGCUCGCGACGCUUGAAAUUCCAAGUCGAAACAAGUUGUUAAAAUAGCACUUCGGUGCUGUAGGUGUCAGGUGGUCAUGGAGUAAACGCACGAGGUUGUUCGAAGCCCUGAAACGCCUGGGAAGGAACGAUUCGGGAUUCCUGAAAAUAGUCUCUUUUGCUCGCGUUAUUGGAAAGGGUGUAAAAUUCCCGCUUCUGCGUGUUGUCGAGCGAUCAAGAAUCAGCCCCUGAAGCCCAUCCGCUCAGGGCAGAUGUGGCACAGACCCAUUAAGAAAAGCUCGCAAACGAAAGCAGGGAGGAAGAUGGAGCAGAUAUCGGCUCUACUCUGAUUGUCCAGGACAUGUAUGCUGGGACAACUCAACCCUAGAGACAGGGCUAAACCGCUUUCCCAAAAGUACCAAGGUCGCAGCUGGCCGUACGAUCAUGUGUCAUGUUGAUGCCCAGAGUGUU